AUGGCUGGCACCAUUCGAGCUCUCGUCACCCAGGGUGACAAGACCGCCAAAGUCCAAGAGGUCCCCAAACCUCAGCCCGGUCCCGGCGAGAUCCUCGUCAAGAUCUCCGCCGUAGCCCAGAACCCAACCGACUGGAAGGCCACGUCCGUCGCCCCCGCCGGCCGCACCGUCGGCUGCGACUUUGCAGGCGCCGUCGCCGACGCCAACGGCUCAUCCCUGAAGGAAGGCCAGCGCGUCGCGGGCUUCGUCAUGGGAACCUCCGACGACCCGCCCCGCGGCGUCUUUGCGCAGUACGCCGUCAUCGAGAGCAGCCUCGUCUUCCCCGUCCCCGAGUCCGUGACCGGCUCCCAGGCCGCCGUCAUUCCCUUGGCCUUUGCCACGGCCGUACAGGCGCUAUUCCAGCGUCUGGGACUACCCGAGCCGACGAGCCCGGCCAAGGAGGCGGUCCCCGUGUUGAUUAAUGGCGGGACUGGUAGUGUCGGCUUGUAUGCAGUCCAGCUGGCGAAGAAGGCUGGGUUGUACGUCAUCACCACGGGCGGCAAGAAGAAUCAUGCCCUCUUGAAGAGCCUCGGCGCGGAUAUCACGAUCGACUACCGGGACACCGACUGGAUCGACCAGGUCAAGACGGCCGCGAAGAAUAACCUCAAGUACGUCUUUGACGCCAUCAGCGAGGUCGAAACCACAAAGGCCGUCGCGACGGCGCUGUCGCCCGCCGGUGGCCACGUCGUCUGCAUUCUGCCCCGCAAUGCGAAGGAGGUUGGUGCUCCCGAGGGAGUAAAGGUCGAGAGCACGCUAGUAUACACAGUCUUUGGAAGGGCCCUCACAUAUGGCAACUUUGACAACAUUGACGGGGAGAAGCCAGAGGAUAAGAAGUUCUGGGAGAAGUAUCUGGGACUUUUGCCCGAGUGGUUGGAGGAUGGAACCAUCAAGCCGAACCCUCAAAAGGAGUUUGGUGGUCUGGAUGAUAUCAACAAGGGCUUUGAGUUGCAGGCCAAGGGAGGGGUGAGUGCCGAGAAGCUGGUUUAUAAGAUUGUUUAG